AUGGCGGCGUUGGUGGCGCCCGGGAGGCCGGGGCGGCGUCCGGGCUGCUGAAGUGACUCCGCGGGGCAAGCGGCGGCUCGGCCGCAGCGAAGGGCGGCGGCGGACGCACGGCCGCCUCGCGGACGCAGCCGGGGCUGGGCGGUGCCUCCGCGGCGCCGGGCGAUGCCGGGGCUGGGCCGGGCCUCUCCCUCCUCAACUUAGGGCGGCGGCGGGCCCGCACCCCUGCUGCCCGGGCCAUGGCGCUGAGGGAGCUCAAAGUGUGCCUGCUGGGGGAUACGGGUGUGGGUAAAUCGAGCAUCGUAUGGCGGUUUGUGGAAGACAGUUUUGAUCCGAAUAUCAAUCCAACCAUAGGGGCAUCUUUUAUGACCAAGACUGUCCAGUACCAAAGUGAGCUACAUAAAUUCCUAAUCUGGGACACAGCUGGACAAGAACGAUUUCGUGCGUUGGCACCGAUGUACUAUCGAGGGUCAGCGGCAGCCAUCAUCGUUUAUGACAUCACAAAAGAAGAGACGUUUUCAACGUUGAAGAACUGGGUGAGGGAGCUCCGGCAGCACGGGCCCCCUAGCAUUGUUGUUGCCAUCGCUGGGAACAAAUGUGAUCUUACCGAUGUCAGAGAAGUCAUGGAGAGAGAUGCUAAGGACUACGCCGAUUCCAUUCAUGCCAUCUUUGUAGAGACCAGCGCAAAAAAUGCGAUAAACAUAAAUGAACUCUUUAUAGAGAUUAGCCGAAGAAUUCCAUCCUCAGAUGCCAACCCGCCGUCUGGCGGCAAGGGCUUCAAACUCCGAAGACAGCCGUCAGAGCCAAAGCGAAGCUGCUGCUGACAACCCAGGGCCCCUCGCGGAUGAAGAAGCAGGUGGUCCUGGAUGCUUCAGGAGGGCCAUCCCUGCCACCGGCAGCUGCCUCAUGCCCUGGAGUCUUCUUCAUGCAAAAAGGACUCAGAGGAACUGGCUGUUGGGUUCUCUUGGAAGACUGCAGCAGAUGUUUCUCUACAGACUUCUGUCACAGACUCUGGCGUGAAAAGGGACCACAUCAUUGGCUGUUGACCUAGCUGAUGGGAAGCAUGUGAUGUGUGAAUGGUAGGUUUGAAUUGCUGGUACUUUUCUAAUCAGGAUACCAUGUGUCAUUUGUAAAGGGAAGUGAGCACUUUUGUAGAUCUUAAGGGAAAAGGCUGUGGAGAUGGUCGUCUCCUUGGCCCGAGUCUCUAGUGUCAGCAUCGUAUCCUUUAAGAUGUGGGAAGUGAUCACAGGUGGAGGGAUGGACGUCCCCUCCACCGACUCUGAAGCACUUUCAUGCACAGUAAAGAACACCGCGGCAGCGGCCUGGCUCACCUUGGGUUUACUUCUGACCCUGUAUGUAUCACCCACACCUUAGUUUUAUCAUUACAUUUCUAAAUAAGCUCUCGGGGUCCAGGUGAUGGUGUAGAGACGCUGCCUUGUGUGUCUAAACUAAUGAGGAGCAGUGGUUUUAAAAGAACAGGGAAAGAACAAAGGAAAUGAUUUGGUUUGGGGCCAGGAAUUUUGGUUGGGGGGGAAAAAAAUGUGCGCUGCCUAGCAUAUGUAAAUUUGUAGUCUAUAUUUAUGAGACCAUUGCUAAAAAAUUAUAAAUUAUGUAAAUACAUUGAUAACUGAG